GCGACCGGGCGGUCUCCAUCCCCGCACAGCAGCGCGGAUGAAACACCGGUCACCUUCGGAGCAGCAUCACGGGAAAAGGCCCCGUGUUCCCGCCGCGGCCGCCUCCACCUCACCGCAAGACGGAAUGGAGGACAAAACACCGUCCAACCCGCGGGAACUCACCCAGAACCCCCUGAAGAAGAUCUGGAUGCCGUAUAAAAAUGGCCUUCCAGAAAAACACAUUUCUCAGAGGAAGGUAUGCAUGACCAACUGUCCCACCCUGAUUGUGACAGUGGGCCUUCCUGCUAGGGGGAAGACCUAUAUCUCCAAGAAGCUGACCCGCUAUCUCAACUGGAUCGGGGUGCCCACUAGAGAGUUCAAUGUUGGCCAGUACAGGAGAGAAUUUGUGAAGAUCUACAAGUCCUUUGAGUUCUUCCGUCCGGACAAUGAGGAGGGGUUAAAAAUCAGGCGACAAUGUGCCUCAGCAGCGUUGAAUGAUGUGCGACAAUACCUCUCAGAAGAAGGAGGCCAAGUUGCAGUUUUCGAUGCAACAAACACCACCAGAGAAAGAAGAGAAACCAUCAUCCAGUUUGCUGAGCAGAAUGGCUUUAAGGUGUUCUUUGUGGAGUCUGUGUGUGAAGACCCAGAUGUCAUACAGGAGAACAUAGUUCAAGUGAAGCUGGGUAGCCCUGAUUACACCAACUGUAACACGGAGGAAGCAGUGGAGGAUUUCAUGAAGAGGAUCAAGUGUUAUGAAAACUCCUACGAGACACUGGAUGAAGUUCUGGACAGGGAUCUCUCCUACAUUAAAAUCAUGGAUGUGGGUCAGCGCUAUCUGGUGAACCGGGUAUUGGACCACAUCCAGAGCCGGAUUGUCUACUACCUCAUGAACAUCCACAUCACGCCACGCUCCAUCUAUCUGUGCCGCCACGGCGAGAGCGAGCUCAAUGUCAAGGGGCGCAUUGGAGGAGACUCAGGCCUCACUCCUAGAGGCAAGGAGUUUGCAAAGAAGCUGAGCCAGUUCAUCCAGGCACAGGGCAUCAGCGACCUAAAGGUGUGGACCAGUCAGAUGAAGAGAACCAUUCAGACAGCUGAGGCUCUCAGCGUGCCCUAUGAACAGUGGAAGGUCCUGAAUGAGAUUGAUGCAGGUGUGUGUGAGGAGAUGAUGUAUGAGGAGAUCCAGGAGAACUAUCCUCUGGAGUUUGCCCUGAGGGACCAGGACAAAUACCGCUAUCGGUACCCGAAAGGAGAGUCCUAUGAAGACCUGGUGCAGCGGUUGGAGCCGGUCAUCAUGGAGCUGGAGAGGCAGGAGAACGUGUUGGUCAUCUGUCACCAGGCCGUCAUGCGCUGCUUAUUGGCCUAUUUCCUGGACAAGACAGCAGAGGAACUGCCAUACCUGAAAUGCCCACUGCACACUGUACUGAAGCUAACACCUGUGGCCUAUGGCUGUAAAGUGGAGUCUAUCAGCUUAAAUGUGGACGCAGUCAACACACACAGAGAAAGACCAGAGAAUGUGAACAUCUAUCGUACGACUGAAGACGCCCUGCAGACCGUCCCUGCUCACCUCUGACAAGCUGCUACUGGAAUCCACUGUGGAUGAAGUCGGACCUCUUUCUCCUGUGUGACAGACUCUGUUUUUUUCACCUUUCCACUCUGCACUACCUGCUCACAGCGGAGUCUGUCUGGUUAAUGUGCCUCCUCCCCCUCCUUCAGCACCUUUGCUACACACACACUGUCACACACACUCUCUGUGAAACUCUUAUACUACUCUUUUUUAAGGGAUUUGAAGGACCUUGAACACAAGAUGAGCAUUUGGGUCUACGUGUUUGAAAGCCACAUGGUGUGGGAUCCAGAAUCAAAUGGUCAUCUUGCACAGAGGGAGAUUUUAACACUUGUGUCACUGUAGUUUCCUGUCUGUUUGUUACUAUAUUCAGUAUGGUCUCAGUGUGUUGAUGUUGUGCAGCAGCAGCAGAAUUAACACUGAAGGCUACUGCAACAUAUUUUAUCAUAUAAGUAUUAAUCAUAUAAUUUCAUCAAAUGAUCAUGUGACUUCCUGCUACAUGUGUGACGUGUUACUGUUUUGUGCAAUCAUUGUUUCGUGUGAAGGUGUCUUUAGUGAUGAUGUGCAAUUUGAAGGUUAUGAGCCCACUCAGAAAACAAUACUAUGAGCUAUUGCUUUUGGACAACUUGGUGAUUUAAUGAAUGAAUGAAUGAAUGAAUGGACUGGGUGAUUAUUUUAGGUUUUCUAUGGUGAAAACACUCACUUCAAUUUAAAAUUUUAUAUGGAUGGCUAAUGUAAAAAAAAUAGUUUAUCUUUAGCAGUGUGGUCUAUGUCAAAUAUAUGAUCUCACCUGAAACAGAUGUGUCAUGCAAGUGAUGAUUCUACAUGCAGACCUCCAAUGACAAUAAAACAUGCCUUUAAUACUUUUUGUGAGGAACACACAAAAUGAACGUCCCAGCUCCACGAUAAUAAAGAUGUUAUUUUUUAUAAGCUAA